AUGGCCGGCAAUGGUGGUUUGGCUUGCCACGGCACCUUUGACUGCAAGGCGCCGUUAUCACGCAAGAGGACUGACUUACUCCCGUGGCACAAGACCCAUGAGUGGUCAACCUCUUCCACGCCACCCCGUAGUAAUCCAACCGCGACGAUCAUCACCAGGAACGAGGUGAAAGAGCUGAUGAUGACCCCAGAUGCUGAUGGCCAAAAGAUCUUACACUGGGCCGCAGCCACCGGAUGCCUGCACACGUUUGAGACCGUUCUGUCAGCUCUAGGCAGCCGGCUGGAUCAAGGCGAGGUUGAACACCUCUUGGCGGCGUCUACGGCAGCCUCAACUAAUGACAUUUUCAGCGAAAGCCGAACGGUGCUGAACUCGGCAGCCAGCAGCGGAGGAAGCCAGGUUUUCGUGGCAGUCCUGGAUUUGCUCGAACGGUGUCUUUCUGCUUGGCAGGUGAAGCGCAUGAUGAUUUAUCAAGAUAUGGACCUCCAGGAGAACCUCCUUCAUUCGGCGAUUAACAGUCGGAGCACCAACGCGUUUGACACCGUGUUGUCGUCGGUGACGAGCCGACUGACGCCGACCGAGGCGAGAAAUUUCCUCCUUCGUGCCGACGACGGCAAGACUCUCCUGCAUGCUGCGGCUGGGAGCGGUAGCAAGGACAUGUUUGAAGCGGUGUUGUCCACGCUGCUCCGCACAUUCGGCCCAGAGAAGGUUCAGGCGAUAUUGACGUCUAAAGCGAAGCACGGCAAGACGAUCCUGCAGUUCGCAGCUCAGAGCGGGAGCAAGGAGUCUUUUGGAGCUGUUCUGGCGGCGGUGAAGGGCACUCCGGCCGCUCAAAAGGGGACAGACGUGACUGUAUGGUCUUCUAGGAGCGACUCUGGGCGAGUCCUUUGCGCUGCGGCCAGCAGUGGGAGCAGGGGGACGUUUGAGGCUGCGCUGGGGUCCCUGGAGCUUGAACUGCCUCCGGAUGAGGCGCUUGGCCAGGCGAAAGAAAGUGUGGUAUCUGACGACAAGGGGGCAAGUCUGCUGCUGCGCACGGCGGCUUCGCAAGGCACCGUGCGGAUGUGGGAAGCGGUUCGGCACGACUUGCUUCUUGUCCAACCAGAACAGGUCCUUGGCUUUUUGUCGCGCAACUCGGGGCUGGCCAACGUCUUGGUGAAGGGGGCCGUCAGGAGUCGAGAUCCUUCCAUCGUGGGAGCCGUGACACAGUUUGUGCACUGCACGCGACUUGAACAGGGGGUUUUGGAUUUUGGGGCGUUCAUUGGGUCUGGGUUCUCGGACUGGACGACGGUGGUACUGGAAAAGUCAAACUUUGCGCAGGGAGCGGGUGGCGGAGGGCUUGGUGGAUCGCAGAAACACGUAAUGUUGGAAUUGGAAUUGUUUCCCGCGGCCACGUUUGGAAGCCUCGGCGUUGGUUGCUUGAGGUUGCUUUCCGGUACUAGCAGCGCCCGGAAUGUUUGUGUGGCCCAGUGA